AUGCAGCCUUUGUCUUUUUUGUGGGGGGAUGAGGGCCCCUCAAUCUUGCCAUUCUUAAGGGCCCCGAGUGUUGGUGUGUGGCCACACCUCCGCGGUGGGAGGUCGGCUGGAGCUGGAGGCCUUGGGUAUGUUACGUUGACGGGGUUGCAAUUGGCCUGGCUUUGCUAUCGCCACGCCCCCACUGUGCCUGGAUUGGCUCUGUGCUGGAUUACCCGUUCAUCCACAGCCAGCCAUGGCGACUCAGCUCCGGCUCCGCUCUGCAGUAGCCCUGGUCACAGGUUGAGGGGGUGUACUUUCAGGGAGGGGUCGGGUACCAGAAUGCUGUCAGGGGUGUGCCCUUGGCCUGUGCAGCCGCUGGGACUUCUGGCCGCUGGUGCGGGUAGCGGCAUCCGCCGAGCAGUCAGUGUGCGCCUGGCCCAAGAGGGGGCUGCAGUGGCUGCUUGCGACCUGGACGGGGCAGCGGCACGGGAGACGGUGCAGCUGCUGGGCGGGCCAGGGAGCGAGAAGAGGGCCCACGCUGCCUUCCAGACAGACGUGUCUGAGGCCGGGUCCGCCAGGCACCUGCUGGAACAAGUGCAGGCCUGCUUUACUCGCCCACCAUCUGUCGUCGUGUCCUGUGCGGGCAUUACCAGGGAUGAGUUUCGACUUCACAUGUCUGAGGAUGACUGGGACAAAGUCAUAGCUGUUAACCUCAAGGGCAUCUUUCUAGUCACUCAGGCAGCAGCCCAAGCCCUGGUGUCCAGUGGUUGUCAUGGCUCCAUCAUCAACAUCAGUAGCAUCAUAGGGAAGGUGGGGAACAUGGGACAGACAAACUACUCAGUGUCCAAGGCUGGAGUGAUUGGGCUGACCCAGACUGUAGCUCAGGAGCUUGGACGAUAUGGGAUCCGCUGUAACGCUGUCCUUCCAUUACAACACCUAUGACACAAAGUGCCACAGAAAGUGCUGGACAAGAUAACUGCAAUGAUCCCAGUGGGACAUCUGGGAAACCCUGAAGAUGUGGCAGAUGUGGUCGCCUUCUUGGCAUCUGAUGACAGUGGAUACAUCACCGGGGCCUCAGUGGAAGUCACCGGAGGUCUUUUCAUGUAACUGCCUCAAGGACCCUGGACUCUGCUCACUCCCCCACCACUCUGCCGGGCCUCCUGCUGAUGAGAACUCUGAGUUCCCAGGCUACAAAAAGGGUGGCAAUGUAUGGCUCAGGAAUGCUGAAUAUGGGAGGCAGGGGUGCUUGUGACCCUAAUAAAUUCCAAAUCCUCUUC